AUGGGGACUGAUGCCAGCCUGCUGCCUCAUGGAGAGCUAGACACACGUGGCCAUGCCAUUAGCCUCCCGUUCGGUUUCUAGAUGGGUUUCAUCUGGGACACCUACAUAGCCCUCGCUUGGAACAAUGCAGUAUAAAGCUGCCCUGGUGCUAACUCCUCUUCUGAAUAACCACACACCAAUAAAGCAGAACAGAAGACAGGCCACAAAGAGGACCACAGUCAGGUGCCAGAAGCAGGGGACAUGCUGAGCAUGAACCAGCAGCUUGUCAACCGCUUCCAGCCACUUGGAGAAAGGGGCCCGUGUGAAGAGUGGCUAUUAGUGUAUAUGAGUGCUCCGUGA